AUGCCUGCCGAGUUUCUCACUAGCAACCCCCCCCCGCUCUGGAUCACUCUCUACCACAUCGUCACCCGCCUCCCUGACUCUCUGUGCGCAGCACCUCUCGUGGCGACCCCCGCACCCCGUUCUUUGAGGGGUGUUCCCCUUCCCCCCUCCUCCCCUCUGUCGCCUCUGCUGCUGCUGUCGACCUUCUUGGUGCUGAGAAGGUCGGGACCGCGUCUGCUUCGAGCGGGCGCCGCAGGAACAAGGGGGGCAGGGGUGGGGGUGGUGGCGGAGGAGGUGGGGGUGGAGGCGGUGGGAGUGGAGGCGCGGCUGGGGAGACUGGUGGCGGCAGUGGGGGAGGAGACAGCAGCGGCGGGAGUGGUGGUGGAGGCGGCAGCGGAGGCGGAGGUGGUCGUGGCGGCGGCAGGGGUGGAGGUGGCCGGGGCGGCGGCAGUUGGGGUGGUGGUCGUGGAGGCACUGGCGGAGGGCAGAGUCAGCAGCCCGCCCCAACACUUCAGGCCGCCCGUGAGUGGUAUGCGCAGCGUAGCGUUACCUGCACACUUUGAUGCUAUUCUCACUGCCAUGUAUGCGAUGUCUAUUAGUGGAGAGGGUGCUCAGUACUUGCGUGUUCCGCCCGACCCGGGCAUUCAGGCCAGUCUGGCUGCCGCUCUAGGUGCUAGUGCGUCUGCUCCCACAGGUCCUGGUGAGGCCGCUGCCCUAGGUGCUCGUGCGUCCGUGCCCCCUGGUACUGAGUCGACUGCAGCACUGCACACCUUCACACUGGACUCAGGUGCUUCUCGCUCCUUCUUUCGUGACCGCACUGUCCUUGAGCCACUCGCUCGGCCAGUUGCUGUCUCCCUUGCUGACCCCUCUGGGGGUCCGGUCAUUGCGACCUCCUCCACUGUCCUUCCUUGUCCGGCGGUCCCGUCCGGCACGCUGUCAGGUCUCUACCUCCCCUCGUUCUCUACGAACCUGGUGGCAGGUAGUGCGCUCCAGGACGGAGGUGUUCACCAGUUCACCCCUGCCUACGAGCGCGUGACACACUGCACGUGUGCUCGGACGGGUCGCCACCUGGCUACCUUCACUCGGGAGCCGGGGUCGGACCUUUACACACUGACCACUGAGUCCCCUCAGGUAGCUGCGUCUGCGUCUGCGUCUGCAUCAGGUCAGCUGUCCGCCCCCUGCUCGUGUCGCUCUCUGACGCAUGAGACUGUCCUUUGGCACCACCGCCUUGGCCACCCGUCUGUGCAGCGCCUUCGGGCCAUGCACAAGCGGGACCUUGUUGCUGGUCUUCCCAGGGUGCUCCCUCCCCUUCCCGACUCGCCUGCUCCUCCCUGUAUUCCCUGUGUCGAGGGACGGCAGCGCGCCGCUCCUCACUCCUCCUCCUUUCCCCCGACGACUGCUCCCUUGCAGACGCUCCACAUGGACGUGUGGGGCCCAGCCCGCGUCCGUGGUCAGGGUCAGGAGAGGUACUUCCUGAUUGUUGUUGACGACUUCUCGCGCUACACCACGGUCUUCCCCUUGCGCGCCAAGGGUGACGUCCCUGAUGUCUUGAUCCCUUGGAUCCGCAGAUCUCGUCUCCAGCUCCGUGAGCGUUUCCGCUCCGACUUCCCUGUCCUGCGUCUGCACUCUGACAGAGGUGGGGAGUUCUCCUCUGGCCUAUUGGAGGCCUUCUGUCAGCAGGAGGGCAUUGAGCAGUCGUACACGCUUCCGGACUCUCCACAGCAGAAUGGGGUUGCUGAGCGCCGCAUUGGUCUGGUCAUGGAGGUCGCUCGUACCUCCUUGAGCCAUGCGGCUGCCCCCCAUUUUCUGUGGCCGUUUGCAGUCCGAUACGCUGCGCAUCAGCUCAACCUCUGGCCCCGUGUCUCCUUGCCCGAGACUUCUCCGACACUGCGUUGGACGGGAGAGGCUGGCGAUGCGUCGCGUUUUCGGGUCUGGGGAUCCCGAGCUUUUGUCCGCGACACGUCCGCGGACAAGCUCUCCCGUCGCGCUGUCCCCUGCGUCUUCCUUGGCUUUGUCCCGGACGCCCCUGGUGCUGAGGUACCAGACCCCCUCCCCCCUCAGGGUGCCGCUCCCUCAGGUGUGUCCCAGGUAGACCCGGGUGAGCCUGUCGAGGUAGCUGUUGACUCUCGUCCUGCUCGGGGUGCUGAGCCUGGGGGUGCUGCGUCUGGGGGUGCUGAGCCUGGGGGUGCUGCGUCUGGGGGUGCUGCGUCUGGGGGUGCUGAGUCUGGGGGUGCGGAGCCUGGGGGUGCUGAGCCAGGAGGUGCGGAGCCUGGAGGUGCGGAGCCUGGAGGUGCUGAGCCUGGGGGUGCUGGGUCUGGGGGUGCUGCGUCUGGGGGUGCUGAGCCUGAGCGUGCUACACCUGGAGGAGCCCUCUCCUCCCAGCAGCUGCAGGAGAGGUACCUCGAGUACUGCCGCCUCCGGAGAGGUGCUGCUGGAGCUCGUCCCGGUACUUCCCCUCCUACCCAGGAGCUCCCCCCCAUUCAGCAGAUCCGCGAGUGGUACACACGGCGCUGCAGUCUUCGGAGUGGUGCUCCUGGUGCUGCGGACCCUGGGGGUGGCGCUGCUGCUGGUGCUGAGGACCCGGACGUUGGAGCUGCUGCUGGUGCUGCGGACCCGCCUGGUGGAGCUGCUGCUGGUACUGAGGACUCGGACGUUGGAGCUGCUGCUGGAGCUGAGGACCCGGGCGGUGGCGCUGCUGCUGGUACUGAGGACUCGGACGGUGGAGCUGCUGCUGGACCUGAGGACCCGAGCGGUGGCGCUGCUGCUACUGCUGAGGACCCGGGCGUUGGAGCUACUACUGGUGCUGAGGACCCGGCCGGUGGAGCUGCUGCUGGUGCUGUGGACCCGGCCGCUGGAGUCUCCUCUGCUUCUGGAGACGCUGCGCGGCCGCGACCGUACUUCGUACCGCUCCUUCAGCAGGUUCUUGGGCAGGCUCCUCCUCCUUGUCCUCCUCCCUCCGUAGAGUGUCCUCUGCCUGUCCAGUCGCAGUCACAGUUACCGCCUACCUCGCCUCUCCCUGCUCCCUCUCCUUACACUGGUCCCACAGGAGGUCUUACAGAGCGUCGUGAGCCUGAGUCUCGUCCUGCAUCGCCUGUUCGUCCUGCUCGCACUGGUAGUCGUGUCCGUCGUGAGCGUCCUCCUCCUGUCCCAGGCACUCACUACAUGACUCUGCGUCCCUCUACUGCUCCUCAGCGUGUCCCUCUACCGUCUCCUCCCGCGUCUUCUUUGCCUCACGUUCCGGACCCUGAGUCUGACCGGUACCGUGCUGAGCACCCUACUGUCACGCGUCUCCUCGCUACUGUUGUCACUGACCCUACCUUUGAGUCCUCGACUGCGUCUGCUCUGGUCGCUGAGUUGGUUGACUUUGCUGCUGCCUGUCGUCUAGACUACGCUGCUAGCCUUGUUGCUGAGUCUGAGUCUGAGUCUGUCUGUCCUCCGUCCGUCGGGGUUGCCCCUGAGGGAGACCCGGAUGCACCAGACAUCCCGACCCCACGCACUUACGCUGAGGCGAUGGCGGGUCCCUACUCCUCUCAGUGGCAGACGGCCAUGGACGCCGAGAUGGCUUCCUGGAAGUCCACACGCACCUACGUCGACGAGGUUCCCCCUCCUGGGGCGAACAUCGUCAGUGGCAUGUGGAUUUUCAGGGUGAAGCGGCCGCCGGGUUCUCCGCCUGUCUUCAAGGCGCGUUACGUGGCUCGAGGCUUCAGUCAGCGAGAGGGAGUUGACUUCUUCCAGACCUUCUCCCCCACCCCGAAGAUGACCACUCUUCGGGUGCUGCUGCACAUAGCCGCUCACCGCGACUACGAGCUUCACUCACUUGACUUCAGCACUGCUUUCUUGCAGGGCAGCCUGCACGAGGAGAUCUGGCUGCGCCGCCCACCUGGCUUCACUGGGUCGUUUCCUCCUGGUACCCAGUGGAGGCUUCAGCGGCCGGUCUACGGUCUCCGCCAGGCUCCGCGUGAGUGGCACGACACACUGAGGACUACACUUGCGGCUCUUGGGUUCGCGCCUUCUACAGCUGACCCGUCGCUGUUCCUGCGCACCGACACUUCGCUGCCGCCGUUCUACAUCCUCGUGUACGUCGACGACUUGGUCUUUGCCACUGCUGACACUGCAGGACUCGCCUACGUGAAGUCGGAGCUGCAGAGGAGACACACGUGCACAGACCUGGGUGAGCUGACAAGCUAUCUUGGCUUGCGGAUCACCCGGGACAGAGCACGGCGCACCAUCACCUUGACUCAGUCACACAUGGUGCAGCAGGUUCUCCAGCGCUUUGGCUUCACGUACUCCUCGCCUCAGUUCACUCCUCUGCCUACCGGUCACUCGCUCUCAGCUCUGCCUUCGGAUGAGUCCGUAGAGCCGAGUGGCCCGUAUCCAGAGCUUGUGGGCUGCCUCAUGUACCUGAUGACCUGCACUCGACCUGACCUUGCAUACCCUCUUAGCAUCCUUGCACGCUAUGUCGCUCCUGGCCGUCACAGGAAGGAGCACAUGGAUGCCGCUAAGAGGGUGUUGCGCUACUUGUGCAGUACGUCGGGCAUGGGGCUUGUGCUUGGAGGGCGAGACCGAGUUGUUCUCACAGGGCACUCAGACGCUUCUUGGGCAGACGACCAGGCCACUCAGCGGUCGUCUCAGGGUUACACCUUCAGCCUUGGCUCUGGCUCAGUUUCUUGGCGCUCUACACGCUCUUCCUCUGUUCUCGGCUCCAGUUGCGAGGCUGAGAUCUACGCUACAGCCAUGGCUGCCCAGGAGCUACGCUGGCUGACCUACCUGCUGACCGACCUCGGAGAGCCGCCUUGUUCUCCUCCAGUACUGUACGUCGACAACAAGGCUGCCAUUGCCUUGUGUGAGGAGCACAGACUGGAGCACAGAACGAAGCACAUCGCCCUGCGGUACUUCCUUGCUCGUGAGCUGCAGCAGCGCGGUCAGCUUUGUAUUCGCUACGUGGCCACUGAGGCCAACACUGCUGAUGUGUUCACCAAGGCGCUUCAGCCUCGUGACCAUCAGCGCUUCUGCACUCUACUAGGCCUUGUGCCUACUGGACCUCACUUGCUUACCUCUUGA